UGUGAGAGCGAACAGGCUGAGGAAGUUUAUCAGCGCGGCAGUCAGACCUGUUCGGAGCUGCGUGGUUGGCAAUGAAGCUGAGCUGUGUGUUGGUUUGUGUGCUCCUCUUGUACGUGGAAAAGACCGCGGCGGACACACCGGCAAACUGUACCUAUGAGGAGCUGCUCGGGACGUGGGUGUUCCAGGUGUCCAAAGGAGGCCACGACAAGACGGUCAACUGCUCCUCUGAAGCCACAGGUGAGAGCGUGGUGACUGUGACCCUGGAAAAGCUUUCUGUAGCCACAGACGAGCUCGGGAACACCGGCUUCUUCACUCUUAUCUACAACCAGGGCUUUGAAGUGGUCCUCAAUGGGUACAAAUGGUUUGCAUUCUUCAAGUAUUCCAAGGAGGGCCAGAAGGUGACCAGCUAUUGUGACCAGACCCUGCCAGGGUGGGUCCACGAUGUUCUGGGAAACAAUUGGGCCUGCUUUGUGGGGAAACGAGUGAAACCAGUACCAGGCCAAACUGAGUUCAAACCCUUCAUUGAUGACAGGCUCCUCCAGUGGCCGUACAAGCACAACAUGGACUUCAUAGAUUCCAUCAACAGGGUCCAAAGCUCAUGGAAAGCCGCUCCUUACCCACAACAUGAGCAGUACACUCUUAAAGAGCUGCAGUACCGAGCUGGUGGCCCCGCCUCUCGCGUCCCCAUGCGUGUUCGUCCUGCACAUAUGAAAGCUGAAGUAGGUAUGCAGAUGACUGCUCUACCCGAGCAGUGGGAUUGGAGAGAUGUCGGAGGUGUAAACUACGUCAGUCCUGUCCGAAAUCAAGCUGCCUGUGGUAGCUGCUACUCCUUUGCCACAAUGGGAAUGCUGGAGGCCCGCAUUAGAAUCCUCACCAACAACAGUGAGACACCCAUCCUCAGCCCCCAGCAAGUGGUGUCCUGUUCUCAAUAUUCUCAAGGUUGUGAUGGCGGGUUCCCGUACCUGAUCGGGAAAUACGCCCAGGAUUUUGGCAUCGUUGAAGAGUCGUGCUUUCCAUAUGUGGCAAAAGAUUCUCCAUGUGAUGUUCCUCAGAAUUGCGGGCGUUUUUACACAGCAGAAUACAGUUACGUUGGUGGAUUUUAUGGUGGCUGUAGUGAGGCGGCCAUGAUGUUGGAGCUGUUAAAGAAUGGCCCCAUGGCAGUAGCCUUUGAGGUGUAUCAAGACUUCAUGGCAUAUCACGGGGGCAUCUACCACCACACAGGGCUCACGGACUCCCUCAACCCCUUUGAGCUAACUAACCAUGCUGUGCUUCUGGUGGGAUAUGGCCGAUGCGCAAAGACUGGCCAGAAAUACUGGAUUGUGAAGAACAGUUGGGGCACUCAUUGGGGUGAGGAAGGAUACUUCAGAAUUCGCAGGGGAAGUGAUGAGUGUAGCAUUGAGAGCAUUGCAGUCGCAGCCAACCCCAUUCCAAAACUGUAGUCUGUAAACUUCAGAUGUGAUACAUCACAGUAACACAACUGAAAUUUAGACUCAACACCAAAAAAUAAUUAAGACGUUUGAUUGAAAGAUGUGAAAUGUCAACAUUUUUGAUUGUUUUACAUAUACUGAAUCAAGCACUGUGUGCAUAAUCAGCUAAAAUUCUGUCCUUUUCACUUUUUAUUUGAGUGGGAGUAUAAAUAUUCAUUGCCCCCAACCUUUCAUUUAGUCUGCUGCAUCAGAGAUUCUAGAUCAAAGGGACAGGUAUAGACUCUAUCCUGGAGAUGUGCCUUAAUUAAAAAAAAAAAUUUUUUAAUAAGGUAUAUGUACUUGGAUUGCACAGUUUGUUUUAUUCUUCUUUACCACUGAUGGAUGGGGCUGUUUUCCACGUGAUGACUAAUUACUCACAUAAUGUGCUUAAUUGUGGCAGGAAAAAUGUAGGGACAUCCCUUUAAGAGUGUAAGAUUUUUUUUUUAGCAGGAAGUUGAUCAGGAGGUCGAAGCUCAGGAAUCUCUGCGGUGUUAUUUGUUCUUUGAGAUCCAGGCAUCUCAUCUCGCUGUCACACUGCAAUUUCUUGCUGCAGGUGAAUUAAAAAGGUUGUCUUCUUCAGUUACAUGCCCGUCUCACCCCUUCUUUAGCGAGGAGCUACGCGUCUCUACUGAUUUCUUUGUAAGUCAGAUCUCUUGAUGGGGCUCUGAACUGUGAGACUUCAGCAGGAGCACUCACUCCUCUUUAGCAUGAGUCUCCUCUUUCAUCCGCUCACCUCUGUCUUAGACACUGAUGCCUGUUGCUGCAGAAGCUCCUGCUGAUGAGCACUUUUCCACUCUUUCUAAUGUAGAUUUAGCUCCUUUUCACUGUUAUUGGACUGCACAGUGUAACUGAUGGAUGAACCGAGUGAGAGAGAAAGUUCAGACAUGCAGCGAAGAUAUCCAGUUUUUAUGUAGACGGCAGAUUUUGUGGCAUGUAGUUGAUUAUCCUACCUCUAGGAUUGGUCUUCUCUUUUUGUUCACUCAAGGUGUUAAGCUACGUGUGAAUCUUUGUGCUCACCUUUGCAGGAGAUUUGCCUGUUGUCACAUGUUACUGUUGCCCCACCCUAAGGUUAGGAGGAUGGUACCUCGAGUAACAACGUUUGUUUCCAUCGCAGGAGCUUGCAGGCCAUUUUACAGGGUCCAACACAUUUACAUGUCUCCACCACAGAGAUCACCCUGAAAGGUGAUUUUUGGGGGCAUUCUUCAGUGGUGAGAUAAUUCCCUGCUCUGCGUUGCUAUUUAUGAGCGGCCCUGAAAAACUGAUGGGUGGAGCUAGAUUCUGAUUGGUCUUUAAUGUACGCUGAUGAAGAAGACACCCAGAAGCGCCAAGCCAACAGAAUAUGGAUAGAGGAGGCAACAGAUGGACUGACAGGGACAUACAGGCAUUGUUGGUUUUCUUUUUAACUUACAAAGUCCAGUGAGAUUUUGUGUCCUUGAGGACAAAUGACUCUACUUUGCUGCAAAAAAGUGUUGCAGCAUGAGCCUGGUGGGUCUUGACCGCAAUGGAGACAUAGUAGCUAAGAAGGCCAAUUAUGAGUCAAUCCUGCAGCAUCUGGAACGUAGGUCAAGUUCUGUCAGUGGAAACAGUCCUUAUACUGUCGUAAUGAUUAGCAUAAAAGGCAAAAAUGAUACCACUUUAUUUAAAAGUCAGAAUAAUCAGAUGCAAAACUGCCAGUUCCAAAUGUAUUUCCAAAUACUGUUUGGUUUACAAGUCCUAAAAGAUAUUUAUAUUGGACUUUAAUCAGUGUUACGCACUUUAGAUGAAGGGGUUUGUGUUGUAGAAGUUUGUGGAAUUCCAAAUUGAUCACAUCUGUGUAUUUUAACAAUUUAUCGUUUACAGAUUUCAACAAAGAUAAGUUGGCUCGAACCAAUCUGCUCUUUCCAAUGCAUUGUUGAAAUCAAAGUUGAUUUGUGUUUACUGUGACAAAUGUCAAGGGAUAAGUAAAUUCUCACGUUAACAUUUUAAAGGAAAUUUGUAAAGGAGGAAUUAGUGUUUUGUUUGCGUGUCUUGUGGUGUACUUUGAUUUUUUUUCUCAGGGAAAGAUGACAGGAAAUUCUACUUUUUUUUUGUUGUUUUUCUCCUCACAUCAAAUUUAAGGCCUGACUGCCAUAUUUUUCUGUGAUAUCCUGCAGAGCAUUUUAAAGGGAUUUUGUAAUCAUAAGGGAUUUAACUGUGCCUUUUAGACACAUUUUUUUAUGUCUUUCAUUUAAUAAAAAGGAAAAAUGAACAAAGAGAUGACACAUUUAUGUACUGCAUAUUCAGAGAUUACAAACACAUAUGACUUAACUUUCAUGCUUAGGAGAAAUAUGACUUUUAUAGGAGUUUUUCAUAGUUUAAAUUCAGGAAAAGGACCAUUUUAACACCAGUUUUUAGUGACUGCCUUCAUACAAGCAACAGAGUAUCAGUGUUUAUCUCCCGAUCUUUGAUGUGAAAGCCAAGAAACUUUCUUUUGAUAUGAAACAAAUGUGAUCCUAAAAGGGUUCAGUGUUCACACGUCUGAAAGGUGUAAGCCAGAUUUAAUGUCCAUUUACAUGCACUGCCUCAAACAUUGUUUUUAUGCCUCUUGUAAUUUACUUUCGGGGAAAUAAUAAAAGUAAUUUGCCUGCGUGCCUGAAACGCUCCUAUAUGCAGACUUGUUACUGUGUUGGCAGUAUUCCUGUUAUGUGAUUGCUGCAGUUUUAAGAGAAUAAAAACUUUUGAUUCUGGAUUCAUG